UCGCAUCACAACAACACACACUCACCAAAACCAGUGCCCAAACAAUGUCCCCUGUUCUCCUCCUCCUAUUCUUCUUCUUCCUCCUCCUCACCGGCACAGCCACCGCAAAGCCGGCAGUUCUCCGUCGUGGUUUUUACACACAGACAUGUCCGGAAGCUGAAUUCAUAGUCCGAAACACAAUCAAAGAGGCCAUGGUUAGAGAAGCCAGAAACGCAGCCUCUGUCAUGCGCUUGCAAUUCCACGAUUGCUUCGUCAAUGGGUGUGAUGCUUCGUUGUUGCUAGAUGAUACGCCCAACAUGCUCGGAGAAAAGCUGGCUCUGUCAAAUAUAAAUUCGCUAAGAUCGUAUGAAGUUAUUGAUGAAGCCAAGCAUGUAUUGGAGCAAAUCUGUCCUGGAGUCGUUUCUUGUGCAGAUAUCAUUAUCAUGGCCUCUAGAGAUGCCGUUGCUCUGAGUGGAGGACCCCAUUGGGAAGUGAAGUUAGGAAGGAAAGACAGCUUAACAGCAAGCCAAGAAGACUCAAACAACAUCAUGCCAAGCCCGAGAGCCAACACAACCUCCCUUAUUGAUCUCUUCAGGAAAUUCAACCUCUCCAUCAAAGAUCUUGUGGCCCUUUCUGGGUCUCAUUCCAUCGGCAAAGCUCGGUGCUUCUCUGUCGUCUUUCGGCUGUACAACCAAUCCGGUACAGGCCAUCCUGACCCUACCAUCGAUCCCAAUUUCCGAGAAAAGAUGGACAAGCUUUGUCCACUUGGUGGGGACGGAAAUGUCACAGGAGACUUGGAUGCAACACGGGAAACAUUUGAUAACCAAUACUUCAAGGACUUGGUCAAUGGCCGAGGAUUUCUGAAUUCUGAUCAAACUUUGUUUGUGUUUGCGCAAACUAGAGAAUAUGUGAGGCAGUUUAGUCUCAAUCAAAAUGAAUUCUUCAAGGCAUUCGUUGAAGGAAUGAUUAAACUGGGUGACUUGCAAUCAGGGAGGCCGGGAGAGAUUAGAAGGAACUGCAGGGUGGUUAAUUGGCAGCCCGUGGAAAUAUUGUUGGAGGAAUGAAGGGAGAGGGAACAUUGUGUUAUUAGAGCCAUUGGUUGGUUGAAUAAUAAAAGCAAUGAUGAGAAAAUUGGUGUUAAACUAAUAUAUGAAUUUGAAUCAGUAAUAGUGAGACUGUUACUUAGUCCUAAGUUCAUAAUCUGGAUGGGUUUGUUUGGAUUCUAAGAAAGAUUUAAGUAGAGGUCAACAUCACAGCACAGUUCUCUGAAUUCUGAAUUUCAUUGAUCUGUCUCAAGCUUAUUAUUUGCGGCUAGUUUGGGAAUGUUCUUCUGAGUGAAAACAAUAGUUGCAGCUCUGGACAGGAAAGUGAUGGUAAACUCUAGAAUUCAAUUAUCAAUAGUCCUCUGAUUUGUAACCAUAACCACAAAAUGUAAUUUUGUUAUUUAGCAGUUAAAAUAUCACUGCUAGCGAUCUAUA